UUAAUUACCACGAGUAUACGUUUUACUGUCCUUCACUUAACUACUCCAAUUUAAUAACAUGCGACUCUGCAUUUUAAGUUCAAAGUUCAUUUUUACAUCGAAUAAUCUGGGGAGAGGUUGUUUUUUUUUGGUGCGCGUAGUGAAAUUGGAAAAAAAUUAACCAGAUGGAAAGAAACGAAACAAUUUUAUCUUUAAGUUUGCUUUCAACUGAUAAUCCAGUUUUUAAUUGUUAUUGUUUUUGGACCAGUGUUUUGGUGAUAAAAAUGCUUAUGAUGACUCUUUUGACGGCAUUUAAGCGCUUUUCGAAAAAGGCAUUCGUCAAUCCGGAAGACUUGAAACUUUCCAAGGCUUCAGAUGUCCAGCUAAAUGACCCUGAUGUUGAACGUGUCAGAAGGGCUCACCUUAACGACUUGGAGAGUAUUUUGCCUUACUUGCUGAUUGCCUUGGCCUACGUUGCGUCAGGACCCAAUGCCACGACAGCUCGAAUACUGUUCUGCUUGGCUGCAACAGGUCGCAUUUUGCACACAGCGGUGUAUGCAUUUCGACCAGUGCCUCAGCCAUCCAGGGCGAUAUCAUUCUUUCUCACCUUUACCAUUACCAUCUAUAUGGCAUUUUGUGUAUUAAUAAAAAUGGCAAAAUAUAUCUAAGGCCAUGCAUGUGUUGCUAAGAAAGCAUUUUUGGAGUAAAAAAUGAAAAAUGGAAUAAAUGAACUUUUUCAUAUAUGUAGAAAUGUUAA